AUGGGUAAUCGUACGUAUCGUCCAAGAUUUACUGAAUGGGAUUUAGAUAGUCUAGAGAAAGUAACAACAUUAUCGAAACAACAAUAUCUGCGUCUAUAUCAUCAGUAUCAAAAUAAUCAGGCAUGGGGUGGACAAAACAUGGACGAGAAAACAUUCUUUCAGAAAUGCAAUGAAAUGCUGCCCGGUGAGCAAACGAAACGAGAAAGUGAUCGGGCGUUUUCUACAUUUGAUUACAACAAAUCAGGAAAAUUAUCCUUUGAAGAGUUUGUUAGUGCGAUCGUUGUACUCAACAAAGGUUCAACAGCAUUUGAUCGAAUUGCAUAUGUCAUUGAUCAGUUUAACCCGAAUAAAAAUGAUAAUGUAGUUGAAGAAAGUUAUGGAACACUGGUAUUUGAUCGUUUGAAUCAAUAUUAUGAAAUAAAUGAUGUCGAUCCAGUAUCAUCAUGGUCAGAAUUAGUUAAUACUUGUGCAAGCAAUCCAAAUCGUGUUAGUCGUGAUGAGUUUUUAACCUUUAUCGCUGGACAUCCGAUUUACAUUACACAUAUUCGAUAUCACACAUGA